AUGAUUUUGAUUGGGGUGCUGCUGUUAAAAGUUUUAUUAGUUAAUGGUAAAAUAAGACCAGAUUUGGAAAACAUUGACGAAUCAUUUGAGUUAUGUUUAAAAAAUGUCGUAAUGACAUUUAAGGAGGAUGACGAGACCAUAAUAAAUAUAAACGAGAACUCUAAUUUCGAUAUAAUGCAAAAUUUGAUAAAGAGUCGGAAUUUUAGGUACUACUGGCCGUACAUGCAAAAUGUACACACCGGUAAAUAUUACAUAAGUUCCCAGAAUAUCAAAAACUUUUUUAUUGUGAACAUAAACGAUGUUGAUCAGCUGGAUUUUUAUUUGAGGAAGUUAAAGAUGCUGUUAAUAUGGAACUCCAGAGGAAAAUUUGUCAUUGUUUUACUUAAAAGAAAUGUGAAAUUGAUAAAGAAUAUUUUUAAAGUACUGUGGAAAUACAAUAUUUACAAAAGUAUAGUCCUACAAAAAAUUACAAAUGAAACCGCCAAUGUAUACGCGUGGUACCCUUAUUCAAAAACAAAUUGCGGUAAUAACUUCAACGAAAUACAAAUAAUUAACAAAUGCGAAAAAGACGGUUUAAAAAAAUCUGUCGAUGUAUUCGACCAAAGCAUGUUUGAUUUGUUCGCGUGCACUUUUAAGGUUAGGACCAUUUUUUGGCAACCUUUUAUUAUUAACUCCACUGACGGGCCUAAAGGUAUUGAGGUUAGUUUAUUAAACACCCUGGCGGAUAAACUGAAUAUGAAGUUAUCUUACAGUUUGUCCAGUACGCCUUUGAACUGGGGCGCCAUAUUGGAAAAUGGUACCGUUACUGGAAUUUUUCAACACAUGCAGGAAGGCAAGUCGGAUAUAGCUGUAGCUGCUUUGGGUUAUGAGAAGAACAGGGUGAAUUAUAUGGACAUAGGGAUGCCGUACUUCUAUGACUACUUGACAUACUGCGUACCACCUUUUUGUAAAUCUGAUUGGGAUAAAAUUAUCAUUAUUUUUGAUUACCAAUCUUGGAUUAUAAUAAUUGUGGCGUAUUUUUCAUUCUCCUUUGUGCUGUAUUACGUUUCCAAAAGAUGUGAGGAUGAAUCGAUGAUCUUUAAGAACAUUUAUAAUGUUCUAUUGAUAAAUUUUUCCAUGGUCAUAAACACCAUGGGUAAAUUACCGAAAACCGAUGUUAGGUUAUUGAUGGAUAUAAUCGAUUUAAAGCUAAAAUUACAGUUUCUCCUUCCACAAAAAAGAUAUUUUGCCGACGACUCGCCGCAAUCUGAAUACAUUAAAGAACAUUGGAAUAAUUGCAAAAAUAUUCCAAGUUGUCUAAAACGAGUCAUCAAGGAAAAAGACUCUGUCAUGUGUAUAUCAAAGGUAUACAUAGAUACGAUUAAAAAUUGUUACAUUGACAAGAAUAAAAAGCCUCUUUUUCAUUGUUUUCCCAAAUAUUUCGUUGCAUUUCCCAUCACCAUGUUAAUGAGAAAAGAUUUCCCCUUGCGAAACAGAAUCAACGACGUUAUAAUAAGGAUCUAUGAUUCAGGAUUAAUCCAAUUUUGGAAAAGACAAUACAACAACGAAUGCAAACCACAGAAAACCUCCACCGAAGAACAGAUACAAAGAAAAUUGAAUUUAUAA